AUGUCUGUUUCAUCAAUAUUAGCAACAACAGCAUUAUUAACUGUUGGAGGAUAUAUGUUAUUCACUGGAGCAGGAGAAUCAUUUAAUAUUGGAGAAUUUUUAGAAUCAACAUCACCAUAUAUGUGGGCAUCAUUAGGAAUUAGUUCAUGUAUUGGGUUUUCAGUUGUUGGUGCAGCAUGGGGAAUAUUUAUUACCGGGACAUCAAUUUUAGGUGCUGGUGUUAAAGCACCAAGAAUUACUACGAAAAAUUUAAUUUCAAUUAUUUUUUGUGAAGUUGUUGCUAUUUAUGGAUUAAUUAUGGCAAUUGUAUUUUCAGCUAAAUUAACUAGUGUUUCUUCGAAAAAUUUAUACACCAAAGAAAAUUUAUAUACGGGAUAUUCAUUAUUUUGGGCUGGUUUAACAGUGGGAAUAUCGAAUUUAAUUUGUGGUAUUGCUGUUGGAGUCACAGGAUCUACUGCUGCUAUUAGUGAUGCUGCAGAUUCAUCACUUUUUGUGAAAAUAUUGGUGGUGGAGAUUUUCGGAUCAGUUUUGGGAUUAUUUGGGUUGAUUGUUGGAUUAUUAAUGACUGGUAAAGCUCAAGAAUUUAAAUAA